AGCUGCUCCUCGUGGUCUACACUCUGGCAGUGGCAAGCAUUCGCGACCUUGUAGGGGGUGUGUGACAGCGGACAGGAUAGCAGGAAGCGCCAUGGCGGCAGGUGUCCUCGACGCCGGCGGCGCUGUCCCGGCCGCAGCUUACAGCGGGGAGCUCACGCUCUCCGUGCUUGUCACAUGCCUCGUGGCGGCCUCCGGCGGCCUCAUCUUUGGCUACGACAUCGGCAUCUCAGGCGGCGUCUCUCAGAUGAAGCCGUUCUUGGCAACGUUCUUCCCCAAGGUGCUGAUGAGGAUGGCCGACGCGAAGAGGGACCAGUACUGCGUCUUCGACAGCCACGCGCUCACGGCGUUCACGUCGUCGCUCUACGUCGCCGGGCUCGUGGCGUCGCUGGCCGCCGGCCGCGUCACCAGGUGGCUGGGCCGGCGCGGCGUGAUGCUGAUGGGCGGGGCACUGUUCUUCGCCGGCGGCGCCAUGACCGGCGGCGCGGUGAACGUCGCCAUGCUCAUCGUCGGGCGGAUGCUCCUGGGGUUCGGCGUCGGGUUCACGAACCAGGCCGCGCCGCUGUACCUCGCCGAGAUGGCGCCCCCGCGGUUUCGCGGGUCGCUCACCGUGGGCUUCCAGUUCUUCCUCUCGCUGGGGAUACUCAUCGCCAACCUGACCAACUACGGCACCGCGCGCGUCCCGUGGGGAUGGCGCCUCUCCCUCGGCCUCGCCGGCGCCCCGGCCGUGUUCAUCGUCGUCGGCGCCUUCUUCCUCACCGACACCCCGAGCAGCUUCGUGAUGCGCGGGAAGGUGGACCGCGCCCGCGCCGCGCUCCUCCGCGUGCGCGGCCACCGCGCCGACGUGGACGCCGAGCUCAAGGCCAUCGUCCACGCCGUGGAGGCCGCGCGGGGCAGCGAGGACGUCGGCGCGUUCCGGAGGCUGGUCACCUGGCGGGAGUACCGCCCGCACCUGACCUUCGCGCUCGCGCUGCCGCUGUGCCACCAGCUCAGCGGCAUGAUGGUCCUGACCUUCUUCUCCCCGCUGGUGUUCCGCGUCGCCGGCUUCGGCAGCAACGCGGCGCUGAUGGGCGCGGUCAUCCUCGCCGGCGUCAAGUUCGCGUCGCUCAUCCUCUCCACGCUGGUCAUCGACCGCUACGGCCGCAAGGUGCUCGUCAUCGCCGGCGCCGCCCUCAUGAUCGUGUGCCAGGUGGCGAACGCUUGGAUCAUGGGGGCGAAGUCCGGGAAGCACGGGGAGGUGGCGAUGCCGAGGGCGUACUCGGUGGCGCUGCUGGUGCUGACGUGCGUGCAGGGCGCCGGGUUCGGGAUGUCGUGGGCGCCGCUGAUCUGGGUGAUCCCCGGCGAGAUCUUCCCGGUGGAGGUGAGGUCGGCGGGGCAGGCGGUGAGCGUGUCGGUCACGCUGGGGCUCACGUUCGUGCAGACGCAGACGUUCCUGGCGCUGCUGUGCCGGCUCAAGUACGCCACAUUCGCCUACUACGCCGGCUGGGUCGCGGCCAUGACGGCCUUCGUCCUCGUGUUCAUGCCGGAGACCAAGGGCGUCCCGCUCGAGUCCAUGGGCGCCGUCUGGGCGGGACACUGGUACUGGAGGCGGUUCGUCGGCGGCGGCGACGGCAAACCGGAGCAGCGCCGUUGACGAAUCAUCUCCGUGGAUCUACACAAGUACCACGACUACACUUACUUACUAAUAAAGAUGUGUGUGAUAAGCUUUCGUGCCGGUCAUGCAUGCUGAACUAGUCAAUUAUAAGCCUUGUCACUUUGUUCAGAGGGUCACAAAAUUCUUGGGACCAGUUGACAACUUGCUCAAACAAAUAUUGUGUUAUCGGUGAUGACUUGCGCGCGGUGACUUUGAGAUCAUUGAUAUAGUACCACGGAUGGGUAAUUAUCAAUACUCAAUCGUAGAAAGAACGUGCUUCCGCUAUAUAUCAGUGUACUACUAGUCUACUGCUCCAUCCGUCUCAAAAUAUAAGCAUUUUUAUAUUUUAA